UCCUAUAUGAGUAUAAAGACAAGUAUUUAGAACUAUCCAUGUCUUCACUAGCCCUAGGUAGUUAGCUUUCCAGUACCAGUCAUAAUUUCCCUAAACUUAAACUUUGGAUCUCCCAGUUUCAACUUCCCAUGUUCUGAGAUUUAUGCAUGUACUCUAAGAUUCUUCUAUCUCCAAUAGCCCUCCAGGCGCAAUGGUAUUAGCCCCAAUAUCUUCAGAGUGCUUUGAAAUUUACAAAGUGUAUUGGCCUUAGGAUUCAGGACUGCUAGCUUCAUUGUAUGCAUGAGACAAAAGAUGCAGAAGAAUUAUAUGACUUGUCAAUGGUUAUAUAGUUGAUAAGAGACAGAGCCCGGGCCUAGACUUAACCUUUCUCUCUCCAGAUCCCCUGUUUUUACCUCAGUGACCACUGCCUUUCUGACCUCACAACAUUAUGAUCCUCUCUCCCUCGUCUCACAGGCAUUAAUCAUAUACUGCCUGUAACCAGCAGAAAGGGGUUUGAGAUCAGGGAUCAAGAUCUAAGAAGAGACGGUCCACUGUCUGAUAAGUGUGCAAGUGAAGAGCCAAAUUACUUAGAAAUUACCACUGGGAAAAUGACCUGUCAAUGGAGGGAGUGGAACUUGCUCGCUCUGCACGCUGCUUCACCCCUGAGGAUGUCAGUGGAAAAGCCAAAGCCCCAGACACAGGCGCGGACAUGGACCCAGGCCUGGGUGUGAGCUUUCCAAGGCAGUCAUUCUGCUCCACAGAUGUGUUCGUGGAGGCUGUGGCACAGACCUGCUGUCUGUGCCAACGGGACCUACGGGAUGAGGGCUCUCGGCUGCUUCCAUGCCAACACUUGCUCUGUAAGGACUGCUUCCAGAGUUUCAUGCGGGAGUUAGGCCCUGUUACCAGGGCCUACGGGACAGUCCCAGAUGAGCUCAUCUCCUGUCCUGCAUGUCAGCGAGUGUAUCUUACCAGAGAUGUAACUGAACAUAUUUUUCUCCAGUGCUUUCCUCCUGGGCAACCCACAAUGGCCAGGAGCUGCUCCGAGUGCAAGGAGAAGCGGGCGGCGCAUAUUCUCUGCACCUACUGCAAUCGCUGGCUGUGCAGCUCUUGCACAGAGGAACACCGGCAUGCCCCCCCCGGGGGCCCACUCUUUGCGCGGGCACAGAAGGGAUCCUCAGGGGUGAAUGGUGGCUCUGGGGACUUCGCCUUGUACUGCCCUCUGCACACACAGGAAGUGCUCAAGCUCUUCUGCGAGACAUGUGAUGUGCUCACAUGCCACAGCUGCCUAAUGGUGGAACACAAAGAGCACAGGUGCAGACAUGUUGAAGAAGUUCUACAAAACCAGAGGAUGCUUCUAGAAAGCGUGACCACACAGGUGGCACAUAAGAAGUCCAGCCUGCAGACAUCUGCGAAGCAAAUCGAGGACAGGAUUUUUGAAGUGAAACAUCAGCAUAGGAAGGUGGAAAACCAGAUCAAAAUGGCCAAGAUGGUCCUCAUGAAUGAGCUGAACAAACAGGCCAAUGGACUCAUAGAGGAGCUUGAGGGCAUUACUAACGAGAGAAAGCGGAAGCUGGAGCAGCAGUUACAGAGCAUCAUGGUUCUCAACCGUCAGUUUGAGCAUGUGCAGAACUUCAUCAACUGGGCUGUCUGCAGCAAAACCAGCGUCCCGUUUCUUUUCAGCAAAGAACUGAUUGUGUUCCAGAUGCAGCGGCUGCUGGAGACGAGUUGUAACACUGAUCCUGGCUCUCCUUGGAGUAUCAGAUUCACCUGGGAGCCCAACUUCUGGACCAAGCAGCUGGCUUCCCUUGGCUGCAUAACCACUGAGGGUGGACAGCUGUCCCGGGCAGAUGCUGCGGCUGCUUAUGGGAGCUUACAGGGGCCAUCCUCCUUUUAUCAGAGCCACCAGGCCCCCAUGGCUCAGCAGGAGUCUCUCAGCCACCCCUCACACAAGUUCCAGCCUCCAGCACUGUGCUCCUCGUCUGUCUGCUGUUCCCACUGCUCCCCAGUCUCACCUUCCCUCAAAGGCCAGGUUGCCCCACCCAGUAUCCACCCAGCUCAUAGUUUCCGGCAGCCCUCUGAAAUGGUGUCCCACCAGCUGGGGUCACUGCAGUGUUCCACCCUGCUGCCCCGGGAGAAAGAGCUAGGCUGCAGUCCUCAUCCACCAAAGCUGCUGCAGCCCUGGCUAGAACCACCACCGCCUCCCGCAGAACAGGAGAGUACAUCCCAGCGGCCAGGACAGCAGCUGAUUUCCCAGCCUGUGUGCAUCGUCCCUCCGCAAGACGUUCAGUCGGGAGCUCAUGCCCAGCCCACCAUACAGACACCCUCCAUCCAAGUUCAGCUGGGCCACCACCAGAAGCUGAAGCUCAGCCACUUUCAACAGCAGCCACCGCAGCAGCCACCACCCCCUCCUCCACCCCCUCCACCCACCCAGCAUGCACCCGCACCCUUGCCUCCCUCCCAGCACCUAGCUUCCAGUCAGCAUGAGAGCCCUCCUGGGCCUGCCUGUUCACAGAACGUGGACAUUAUGCACCACAAGUUUGAGCUGGAGGAGAUGCAGAAGGACUUGGAACUUCUCCUGCAGGCUCAGCAGCCCAGCCUCCAGCUGAGUCAGACCAAGUCUCCUCAGCAUCUUCAGCAAACCAUUGUGGGGCAGAUCAACUACAUCGUGAGGCAGCCAGCACCUGUCCAGACCCAGAGCCAGGAGGAUACCCUGCAGGUUACAGAGGAGCCACCAGCAUCUGAGGGCCCAAAGCCAGCUCUACCCCUUGACAAGAAUUCUGCGGCCGCCUUGCCCCAGACAUCGGGGGAAGAAACUCCUCACAGUGUCCCCCCAGUGGACAGCACCCCCCAGCACUCCUCUCCAAAUGUGGUGAGAAAGCACUCCACCUCAGUGAGCAUCAUGGGCUUUUCCAACACUCUGGAGAUGGAGUUGUCAUCUACCAGGCUGGCGAGGACCAUAGAGCCGCAGAUCCACAGAGUGAGCAGCCUGACAGCUGGUCCCACCCACACAAUUCCAAGCCUGCUGAGUGGCCCACCACAAACUGUGUCCAGCCUGAUGAGUGUUACAAGCCAUGCCGUGCCCAGCUCAGCCAGUCACCUGCAGCCUGUGCCAAACCUUGUGCGUGGCACAUUCCAGUCUAUGCCCAACCUUAGGGGUGAUUGCUCCCAGGCCAUUACAAGCCUGGCAAGCAACCACUCACAGGCUGGGUCCAGCCUGGUGUCUGGGCACACCCAGGCUGUGCCGAGUCUGGCCACUUGUUCUCUGCAGGGCAUGCCUCCAGUUUCUGACAUACAUUUGGAGACUAGAUCCACUUCCAGUCCUGGUUCUGGCCAAAUUGCAGAGAGCCUGGGCCCCAAGGAUGGGUCUGAGUCCUCCCUGGGGAAUGCCCUGUGUAAGAUGGAAAGUGAGGAUUGCACUCGCUUCACAGACUCAGUAGGACAAGGCUCCACAGCCUCCAGUCUGGAUGUUUCCAAAGAUUUGGCUAUUUCCUCAGAACUGGAGGAACCAAUUAACCUCUCUGUGAAAAAACCUUCCCUAGCACCGAUGGCCAACACGUCUAUUGCUCUACAACAGUACCAGCACCCAAAAGAAUAUGAGAAUUUUGGACAAGAAGCCUUAGAGCUGGAUACAAAGGAGAAUUCAAGCAUCAGAGCCAUCAGCAGUGAGCCCAAGAUUCCCUAUGUGCGACUGGAGAGACUCAAGAUCUGUGCUGCCUCAUCAGGAGAGAUGCCUGUGUUCAAGCUGAAGCCCCAGAAGAACAGCCAGGACGGGAGCUUCCUGCUGGUGAUCGAGUGUGGCACCGAGUCCUCUAGCAUGUCCAUUAAGGUCAGCCAGAACAGCCUGCCUGAUGCCACCCAAGGCCCGGGUCUGGGGGGAAGAAAGGUCACUGUCACCUCCCCGACUGGGCAGCGGCCACUGGAGGUGGACAGUGCAUCUUCUGAAGAACACAGACUCAUUCCCCGAACUCUGGGAGCCAAGAAGUGCACCCCAGCCCCCAUAGAGAAUGAGGACUUCUGUGCUGUGUGUCUCAAUGGUGGGGAGCUGCUGUGCUGUGACCGCUGCCCCAAAGUGUAUCACCUUUCCUGCCAUGUGCCAGCCCUGCUCAGCUUCCCAGGGGGAGAGUGGGUGUGCACCCUGUGCCGCAGCCUGAUGCAGCCUGAGAUGGAGUACGACUGUGAGAAUGCCCGCUACAGUCAGCCCGGAGUGCGGGCACCUCCCGGCCUGAGCACCAAUGACCAGAAGAAGUGUGAGAAGCUGGUCCUGUCUCUGUGCUGCAACAGCCUCAGCCUGCCCUUCCACGAACCAGUCAGCCCCCUGGCCAGGCAUUAUUACCAGAUCAUCAAGAGGCCCAUGGACCUAUCGAUUAUCCGGAGGAAGCUGCAAAAGAAGGACCCCGCUCACUAUACUACUCCAGAGGAAGUGGUGUCAGACGUGCGCCUCAUGUUCUGGAACUGUGCUAAGUUCAAUUAUCCUGACUCGGAGGUUGCAGAGGCUGGUCGCUGUCUGGAAGUAUUCUUUGAGGGCUGGCUAAAGGAGAUCUACCCAGACAAAAGCUUUGCCCAGCCCCAGCAAGAGGAUUCAGACUCUGAGGACGUAUCUGGAGAGAGUGGCUGUUCCACCCCCCAGGGCUUCCCGUGGCCUCCCUACAUGCAGGAAGGCAUCCAGCCCAAGAGGCGGCGGCGACAUAUGGAGAAUGAAAAGACAAAGAGAAUGUCAUUUCGUCUGGCCAACAGCAUCUCGCAGGUGUGAGAACUGGAAGGAGACGGGGCACUCUGGUGGCCGAUGUCCCACCCUCUCGACCAUCCCUCCCCAUCCUUCAGCUUAUUCUCUUCAGAGUGUGGCUGUGAGAUGAGUCUUGUUGAGCGGAUAGCGCUCCCUUCAUCAUUUGCAUCUCUAGCAUUUAUUUGGGAGCCAUAGUGCAUCCACCAUAAAGAAGAUUUCAGUAAAACAGGGCAGAGGGAGGUGUUCCUCAUUGCCAGAGUAACCGACAUACAGGUUCCAUGCCUCGAGGCUCAGGAGGACCUGGCUUCCUUAGGAGCUCUCUCAGUUGAGGAGAGCAGACUUUGCUCACCUCUCAGCAGCCACGGCUCAGGAGCACUGUGUGUGUCUGAACUCGUGGCUUAGAAGCGGGUACAAGGAAGAAAGCGAGGUUUGGAUACAUGGCAGGCCUGCGGUCCCUGUCCCAGCACAGCCAAAGACUGUCACUGUUUGCCUUUGCUCGUCCUGUUGGGACAGCGGCAUCUGCCACUGGCAGAAUAAUGGAGGCUUCUCGAGGCCCUAGGUCUCAAUUGGUGCCUAUUUGGGUUCUAACGGUUUUCAGGGUAUUUGCUGUUUACGCCCCCUUUCCUGAGUAGGACUUAGGUGGUCACUGUGAAAUGCUGUGUGGGGUUUGGCACUCUUGCCUGAGCUAGGUGGCAGUGUAAAGACCAGAUUGUACUCACAUCCAGGAGAUGCCAGCUUCCUAACUCUGGGCUGAUAGCACUUGAGAACCUACCUUCUCAGAAGUGACUGUCAUGUGUGUUGAUGGCUCUUCCUUGAUCAUCUCUAUUCAGACAUCUACAUCUUGAGUUUUACUUGGGAGAAGUGUGAGGUGGUGUCUGCUGCAGGUACAGAGUUCCCUGGCAGGAACAGCCCACAGUCAGUGCAGUGUGCUGGGCCUCUUCUCCUGCCCAAGAUUCUAGUUCUCUCCUUUUUCACACAACCAAAGAUCAGAACUGUGGCCAUGCUGCUCACAGUCCGGAAGCAGCCAACGCUCUGUCACCCUUUUUGUUGGUCAGAGAAGACAGUGGUGACCCAUAGGAGUCUAACCUGGGCUAAGUCAGAGAAGGGGGAAAUUGAGAGGUGAGAAGCCAGUGUCCUUUAGUGACCCUGAAGUAACUCUAGGGUCGUAGUUCUUACAGAAUGCAGAAAGGCAUUCUGGAAGCCAUGGGAAUAGAGUGGUGCAAUAGAGCUGCAGGCCACAUUGUAGACGGAUCUCCACAGUGUAGGCAGGGUGUUUUGGAGGAAGUCUCUGAGACAUAUACAGGGACAGGCUUCUUCCUAGGCAAAGGCUUGUUUGAGGAAGGACCUAUUGAUUAUAUUGCUGGUGGAGAUGGCAUCCCAGUGGUCUGGUCUUGAGGCAUGGCGUGGCUGAUUUCAGGGGACUCUCAGGCCAUGGCUUUGUUUGUUUCAAAGAGGUGCAGUUUAAGGAAGUGAUUAUUCACAGGGCGUUUGCUGGGAAGCAAUUUUCUUUUUACCAGAAAGCUUUUCUUCUCUCCCUGUGAGUCAAGAACAGCACUCAGCCUCUUCUGCACUGGACUGAGGGAGCCACUUCACUUCGAAGCCCCGCCCACUGCCUUGUCAUUCAGCAGCACUGCCAAGCUCUCUUGAGUAGAUGGGCUUCCAUACCCUGCUCUCUAGUCCAGGUAGCUGAAUAUUCAGUUCAUUUCUAGUCCCGGAACCUUUGAAAACAGGCUUGGCUCCUGAGGUUCACAAAGCUUUUUGGUUGGGGCCCUGACUAUUUCUCCUUUGAUUUUUGAUUUUUGCAUCUUUUUCUCUGAUUGGUCUGGUGAGGGUCCUUCUGUUCAUACCUUCCUAAUUCUGCUUUGGGCAUCUUCCCUUUUGUGGCUCAUAGUCCAUACUUCAUGGUGUUUGGCCCUGGAAAGCCACUGAACACUAUGAUAGCCUGAAACCUGACACAGCCUUUCCUGGACCAGCUGGAGACUGUGCCUAUGAUAUGGAAAUGCCUGGCUCAAAGCCUCGUUUCCCCUUCCUUGGUACAGCUUGUAGCUAGAGUGCGUCCUGUUAGAACAAGGAUCAGCUUUGGGCCCAGAGAUCUUGAAAAUAUGGUAGGCAGUCCUCUGUUCCCUUUCCACUCUAGAGCCCCUCUGUGCUGAGAGGCUCCCUCUGGGCAUGUGAGCAGGGCAGAUAGGAGAGAGGGGUGCCUUUCCCUUCAAGGAUGCGAGGCCCUGGCCUGUCAUUCCUUCCCUACACUCACUAGCCCAUGGAAUUUUUCCUGGAACCAAGUUUUUAAAGUCAUCUUAAUUUUUUUCUUUGCAUGCAAAAAACAGAACUGGAAGUUUAAGAAAUCUAAAACAAAACCAAACACUUGUUCACUAAGUAAGUUUUGCGCUCUGGCUCUUCAGCAUUUUUAUUGAAUCCUGCAGUGACUCAUUUCUGUAUGGUCCCAUCAUAAAGUCAGGCUUUUUGGUUCCGGACAAAGUCAUGCAAUGGAAACGCAGUGAAUUCUGGUUGUUCUGCUGCAGUGUGCAGCCCUAGAAAGACAAGAAACUUCCUUUUGCUGUGCUGAGAAAUGUGCUAGUGGGAUGACUUCCGUAGACACAAGGGGAUUUUAGUGCAGAAAUUGGUACAGGACGGACUUGGAAAGCAUUCUUUCACAGAACUUGGGUAGGUUGAUCCUCCCGAAUUCUAGCAACAGGUACAAGCCUGCUGUAGGAACCUUGUUGAAUGGCAGCCGCCAGGCCCUCCUUGGACAUUGCUCCGUGGUGACACUGUUGGAAACACAGUGAAUGUCAGUUUCCUAUCCCUACUUUUGCCACAGGUCUUUGUAUGCCUCUUGAUGUCUAGCCCCUCUUUGCAGCUGGUCUCCACUGCACCCCUGCUUUUACCGCACUGGUCACUUAGUAAAGUUCUGGGCCGAGUCUUUGCUUCUGUGCCCCUCUUCUCCAGCCCCGUUCACUGCUGUGCACAUUCCCAUUCCCUUUGUCCAGAUCCGUGACCGCAUCCCUCUCCCCUCUCCCAGACUUUCAUUCUUCUCCAGGAUUUCCUCCUCUUCCCAGCGUGAACCCAGGGCCCAGCACAUAGGUUCUUAUUAGCAUCUUGAACUUCCCUAACCUCCCCACCUUCCACUUUCUCUAUUUUUCACAUCAGCCUGCUUUCUGUUCCUUUUUGGCUUCUAAGCAUGGCAGGCUCAGAGCCACAGCCUCAGUAUUGAUUGGGAAUUCUUGAACUUGGUAUUACUCUUCUUUCUGAUAUAUGUCCUUCAUCUUUGCUGUUAUCCAGUGACUUAACUUACCAUCUGCUUCAUUGAAGAGCGCUCCUAAGGCAAGCCCCCCUCCCCCACGUGUUUCUUCCUAUUGACCAGUGUGUGUAUCCUGCCUCACUUACUUCCUUGUACUUCUAGUUCUGUAUUUUCUGAGCCCUGAUAUGUCCUCCAAGGCUCUGUUUUUCCCUUUCUGGGCUCUGCAGGCUCUCUCCAUUGCUUACCUCUACACAGCCUACCAAAGUUAUCUCAAGAUUAAAACAAAACUGUCAUAUCUGUGUCAUAGACCUUUCCCCCUGUCCAUCAUUUUUCUCUUAAAAUAGACUAUUUGGCUGGACAUGGUGCCACACAUCUUUAAUCCCAGCACUUGGGAGGCAGAAACCAGAGGAUUUCUGGGAGUUCAAGGCCAGCCUGGUCUACAGAGUGAGUUCCAGGCCAGCCAGGACUACACAGUGAGACCCUGUCUCAAAAAACAGACAACAGAAAGAAUAUUUUACUUUGAUUCUUCUUCGUCUUCAGUCCUCUAUAGAUUUUCAUAAGAGGCACUAGUGACCACCCAGUUGCCAAAUGAAAUGAAUGCCUUUCAUUUCUCAACGCUCUCAAACUCUGCACAGCACCUCACUUCCCCACCAUUCCCCUCACGAGCACUCCCUUCAUUCAGCUUUUAGGAUAUUCCAGGUUGCUACAUUAUCUGUAUCUCAGCCACGAAGGCUGAGCUUGUGUGAAACCUAGAUAGAGGAUGUGCCUGGCUGUCGUCAUUUCCUCCUCCAGAGUCUGGGUAAGCAAGAAGAAUCACAGCUGUUCCCACAUCCUCCUCUCUGUUUCAGUCGCUUUUUCCUGGGUUUGCUUCUCCUCUGGUGAUCUUGUUCAUGAGCACCUGCAGAGAGUUCUGCAUCUGUGAAUCCCUCCCUAAGUUGCUCCCAGGAGAACAGAGAGCCAGCCCAUUGGUUUAGAGCCCCCUCCUCGGUUAGCCUAAGUGAGGGUUGGAUUUUGCAGCAUGUAAUCUGCCAUCUGGCUCAACUGAGUUCCCAUGCUGGUGGACAGCUCACCAGUAUGAUCUGUAUCAGUUGGAACCUGCCUCAGUCAGCAGGGAGCCAUGGAUCAUGGGAAGGCAUGCUUCCAUGCCUGAUUCAGUGCUGCAGCCAGGAGAGUCCUGGCAGGGUGGGGGUCUGUCACAAUGACCUUCUGAGGGAGGGGAGACUGGGAAGUGCUGUGGUUCCUCACCUGAGCUGAGCCUAGCUCACCUAGACCCCUCCUGUGGGUCUUUCUCAUCUGUGUUGAUCAUCCCUCAUCUGCUUACUUCAGAUGUUACUGGAGCUAGAGUUCCAUUCAGGCAGCUGGAUGGUUGCUGCCCUCUUGGAGGUAUUGUAGAAGGACCUCUGACUUGAGAGUUUGAGAAUCUCAAUUUUGGCAUUGUCAACGAUGGGUGGUGUGACCUUGGGUACAGUUCCCUCAUCUGUAAAGUUAGGGAUCUCUCAGAUUCUACAGCUCUAAGGAUAACAGCUAUGAUUCUCACUCUUAUGUCCAGGCCACAGAGGAACAGGGGAAGUCUGGGGGUGGGGAAACAGCUAGAGAAGUCCCAACCAAGCAGGGCAACAAACUCUACAGGCCAAACUGCACUGCUUUGAAGAAACUCUUCAUUGGUGGUGCCGUUUCUAGAGCCAUAUGCCCACACCUCAAGCUGCGCUUCUGGGGUGUCUGGACACGUUCCUCCUAGGUCCUUCCUAGACAUGGUCAUUUGAUCCAAAGUGGCUAGGGGCACAAGGAAGGGAUUUAAGGGUAGCAUAGUUCACUUUAAAUGGACCCACACAUUCAAAAUCAAAUAAAAAAUAGCACUUUCCUUUACCAGCAA